GUGUUGACGCAUUAUUGUUGUCUGUCAACAGCAGUGAUCAGAUCUACUUGAGACGCCACAAAGCCCACCUGGUGACCAUAAGGAAACUAAACAUCACGGACUUUGGCUUCUCCUCUGUGGAAGUUGCAGCUGUGUGUGGUGUGUGAGUGUGUGCGUGUGUGUGUGUGUGUAGGGCUUUUCUUCUGCAGCGUGAUGUCUUCAGAGCUGCUGGUAGAUCUGGGCGAAGACCCAACGACGGCACAGUUGGGACAGCUGAAGCUGACAACGAUAGAGGACCAGCAGUGGCCCGCAGAUGAGACCACUCUCAGCAAGUCGGAGACCGAUAUGUCCCAGCGCUUCGAUGCCGACUCCCCCCACCUGUCCUGGGACCAUCCCUUCUAUGACAUCGCCCGGCAUCAAAUCAUUGAAGUUGCAGGUGAUGAUAACUUUGGCAGGAAGGUGAUAGUGUUUAACGCAUGUAGGAUGCCUCCACAUCACCAACUGGACCAUCACAAGCUGCUGAUGUAUCUUAAAGGAACACUGGAUCAGUAUGUUGAAAGUGAUUACACUCUGAUCUAUUUCCAUCAUGGGCUGACCAGUGAAAACAAACCCUCUCUCAGCUGGCUGCGGGAUGCAUACAGGGAGUUUGACAGAAAGUAUAAGAAGAACAUCAAGGCGUUGUAUAUCGUCCACCCUACCAUGUUCAUCAAGACUCUACUGAUCCUCUUCAAACCAUUGAUCAGUCUUAAGUUUGGCAGGAAGAUAAACUACGUGAGUUAUCUGAGUGAGCUGGAGGAUGUGGUGAAGUGUGAGCAGCUGAUCAUUCCUGCCCGGGUCAAAGAGUACGACAACAAGUUGUCUCUGAAAUCAGGCGCUGAGCCCCCCGUGUCUCCUCUUCAUAGCCCCCCCCUCCCCAACCAGGUGUUUGGGGUGCCACUUGCAAUACUCAAACAAAGGAGUCCAGAUGAGGAUCCAGUUCCCGUGGUGAUGAGAGACACCAUCAAUUUCCUUUCAGAGCAAGGUUUGGAGAUUGAAGGGAUCUUCAGACGUUCUGCUAACGUGACGUUGGUGAAGGAGACGCAGCUCCAGUACAACUCGGGGGCAACUGUGAAUUUCAGAGAGAUGGAAGAUGUCCACUUGGCUGCUGUGAUCCUGAAGACGUUCCUGAGGGAGCUGCCUGAGCCCCUCCUCACCUACCAGCUCUACAACGACAUCGUCAACUUCAGCUCUGUACCCACUGACAGCCAGGUGGAGCAGCUGAAGACCCUGAUGGAGUCUCUGCCAGAGGAGAACAACGUGUCACUGCGGUACCUCAUCUCAUUCCUGGCCCAGGUGUCAGCCAACAGUGAGGUGAAUAAGAUGACCAACAGUAACCUGGCUGUGGUGUUUGGGCCUAACCUGCUCUGGGGGCGGGACAACGCUAUGUCACUCAGUGCCAUUGGGCCAAUCAACAACUUCACCAGAAUCCUGCUGGACCACCAGCAUCUGGUCUUCACCUAAACCCCCCCCACCCCCCUCCACCCUCCACCCUGCAGGCUCUCUUCCAGUCAGUCCAUCAAAACAGUAGACACUCUGAAAAUUCAUUCUGCACACACCAUUCUCUACAUUCUGAUUAGCAUUGUCUCUAUAUAUAGAGCCUCCAUUUCCAUGUGGCUCGAGGCACCAAGAAGGAUAUAGGAGAAAUAUUAGACUGCAGGCAAAUAACCCUUACAAUAAACGCGUUAUAGCACACACUUCAACAGGAAAUACUUUGUUGGCUUGCCCACAUUCACACUGGCUCACUUUGGGAUGACAGGAAUUUGGAGACGCUGAUUCAACUUCAAAGUGGCGAGUCAUAUAUUCUUUCUGCUUCUGCUGUCUGUCAUUCAGCCUCAUGAUGUAACGGUAAUCAUGAACAAACCAAAAACAAGAUUAUAUAGAUUUACAGAAAUAACCACUUUGAAUAAACUCACAGCAGAUAUUAACAGAAUAAAAGAAGGUGGCGAUAUCCUUCAUUUUGGUCACAAAUAGAAAAAAGAGAGAAAAAAGUUUCACAUGUAUCCUCCUCCCUAGAUGAACAUGAAGAUACAAUUCAGGCUAGCACACUUUUAAGUGUUGUACCAUGAUCAGUUUAUCUUCCUUGGCUUAAAUCAAGUAAAAUAUGAGUUGUUGGAUCCGGUGUGAAUGCAUGGUGAGUCUCACACACCUACUGUACAGCUCUGUCCCAACCAACCUACAUGUUUGUGUUUAUAUUGUAUUUAGGCGUCUCUGGGCCGCCCUAUCAUGUUUAACUUCUAUACACAGAUGAAUAGCAGUUGGACUUCCCUGUAUACCUCUGCCAUAACACCUGUAGGCAGGGCGAUACAUCCUCAUUUUUAGGUGCAGAUUCAAAAAACCAAACGGCCUCUCUGUUAUGAUGCCAAACUUAAAGAUUACGGAGGUGCGUGAACGUCUCAGGUUAAUUUAAAUUCUGACUUUUUUCAAAAUAUUCUGAGAUUAAAGUCAGAAUUCUGGUCACAUCCCAAACGUUUUUUCCGUGGAACAUCAUAUUCCUUUACACAAUUUGACGCCCUGUUGACUUUUGGUUAAUGCUUAUGCCGCUGAUGAAGUUAGUUUAAGCUGUAUAAGGGUUUCUGGUGAUAAUGGUCUCUUAGUCAUGGGUAAACCACAACAAGACGUGCACUUAUAUAACACACACAUGCACUUUUUUAUAUAGCCACAAAUGCUUGAUAGGGAUUUUCUUGCUGCCACUGUAUGGGGGCUAUUUUUAAGUAUUGUUCACACAUUAUCCCCUCAGACCAGUGAUAAGGUGUUUUCCGAAAUGACCAGACUAAAUACAUUAUUAAGUAUUAAAUUGAUAUUAGCCAUAAGCUCAGCUGUAACAGUCUGCUAAAUACAGAUUACACAUUUGAUUAAUUAGAGAGCCACCAUCAGGUUAUUUGAGCAUGACAGAAAGCUGUUCUUUAGGACUUUAAUCACAAAGUUUAAGACUUGACCGAUCAGACCGAGAAGUGUGACGUCAAGUCAAACUGAAACCCAAGAGCCAAAACUCCAUCACUCUUUGCUUUGCAGCCUUUGCUUACUGGGUGUCAUUACUGCACUAGUGUGUGUUAAUGUAGCUUAAGGUAGUGAUUCCAAACGCUCCAUGUUCACUUAAAAUCUUUUCAUCAGGUGUAAUUCCCUACCAACAAGUGUUCCUGCAGUUGUUGUGAGUGGUGCCUCUUCAUUCAGUUCCCAAAGCCUUAAAUCAAAUAGCUCCUUUUCUGCCAUCUGUCUCCAAUCUCAGCUCAUCUAAAGCAUUGGGUUCCAUGUCAAAUCAAAACAUGUAUUCCUGAGUUAGUGUUCUUUUGAACUAUAGUUGUAUAGUGUUAUGCUGUAUAUGACCUUAUCUGAAAACAGUUAGUUGUUUGACCUCUGUGAUCAGUUGUGUCUCCUUUCCUGUAGUUGUGCUCUUAAUGUUAAGUCUCCUGGCCAAACUGUGCAUUGAAUCAGUCGUGUCUGUUUGUCAAUAGCCAAAAUACUAGCCUUGGGUUAAUAUAAGUAUUGUAUUUUUUUACGAUGCUUAAUAUAAUGUGACUGAAAAGCACCAGAGAUUAAGUUGACUGAAGCUGAAAAACAAUCGUUAAUGUUGUAACUCCCAGUCCCGUCAAUAUAGAUGCAUAUGGGUGUGUGUUGAUGCUAACUUAGCUGGACACUGGACAGUUGAGUAGAAAAAAUGUUGGGAUUUAAAUAUUAAGUGUAGUAGAAUAACUCCUAUCAGUGUGUGUGUGCGUGUGUAUUAUUGUUGUCAAGUGCGAUGGUAUCUCCGAUCUUGGUGAUGUUCAUUAUUUGAUAUGAUGGGAAAGUUGUACAGCUUAUUGUAAAGAAACAAAAAUGAUAUGAACGUUUUUCAUAUCAUCUCAGAGGUACAAGUUUGUCUUUGAUAACAGAAAAUGUAUAUGUGUGUGUGACCAUGUGCAUGCCCUUGCCUUAUUUGUUCCACCCAAGUGAUCAUGUGGAUUAGCCAUUGAAGUGCCAGUGUGCCGUUCUGCCAUAGAUUCUAACAUGGGCUCAACAGAGCUUUGUGCAUUUUUCUGUACUUACAUUUGCUGUUUUGAGCACAUAAGUGUGUCCCAAUAGUAUGGCAAAAUGUGUACCUGGUACACCCAAAAAGUUGAUACUAGAUACUGUGCGGUUGCUAUGGUAAAAAAAACAGCACUACGAAUAAAAGUGCUACACAUUGUUAUUUUUCCUAAGUAACGUACCACUAUAAUGGUGUCAAAAAGAAGCAAGCAUUCAUUGUAUAGGGCUAAUUGAGCAGUCUGGAAUGAUUUGGUACUAUGUUGUUGCUCGAGAGCUAGCUAGCUAGCUAACAGCUAAUAGUCACCUCACGGCAUUUGACAUGUGCAAUUUGAGACAAUGCUACAUGGUGGAAAUUCAUGUUCACAGUGCGUGACAUACAGUGUACAGACACAACGUUGGUGUUUGUUUGUUGACAGCAUCAACAACAGGACUGAGGUGCCUUGAACAGAAAACCCAGAGGGGACAAUGGAGACUCCAAGGCUUCUUGAACCCAGCUCUAAUGUGACUCAUGAUCGCAAAUCAUUUCUGGUAUUACUUAAUAAUUGUACAAUUUCAAUAUGGAUUAGUCAUUUUGUUUACCCUGAUGUAUCUCUCUUAGCAUGGCCCUACUGCUCCCAAAGCGCACCUUAUCAUUUAUUUGGCUUUCAGUCUUUGAUCCUAGAAUUCCUACAAUAUCUAGUCAACCAAAUAAUACAUUACAAUUCAUGAACAUUUUCAAAUUAUCAUUUUGGAUCACUUUUUAUUUGAUAUGAUGUUUCACAACCUAUUCCUCAACUUUCUGAUCUGACUAGAUAAAAGUUAUUUUUGAAUGGAGCAUUUGAAUUGUACAGUAAUAUCAACAAAGUACAAUUCUACGAUAUCAUUGGUUCUCGUCAACUCUGCUGAUCAAUACCUGUCAUCAUGGGCAACCUUACUAUUGAUUAGGUUUCUGGGUGGAUAUAUUGAGAGGUGCUCUUAUUUUCUUAACCACUUUCAUUCAGCAAUUACUUUUGAUAUGUUGUGGAUAUUUGUUAUAUGUAUUAUUAUAAUGGUAAAAAAACUGUAAUUUCAAUGUGUGCAAAGAAUAAACAAAUGGUAAAAGCAC